AUGCUGGAUGGUCCGCUAUUCUCCGAGGGGCCCAACAGCCCCCGGGAGCUCCAGGAUGAGGAGUCUGGCAGCUGCCUCUGGGUGCAGAAGUCCAAGCUGUUGGUGAUCGAAGUGAAGACUAUUUCCUGUCAUUAUAGUCGCCGCGCCGCUUCUCGACAGCCCAUGGACUUCCAGGCCAGCCACUGGGCCCGUGGGCCCCAGAGCCACACGUGUAGGCUGCGCCCGGGAUCCCCUGAGCCGCCGCCCCGCCGACCCUGGGCCUCCAGGGUGCUGCAAGAGGCGACCAACUGGCGGGCGGGGACCCCGGCCGAGGUCCGAGCCCGGGAGCAAGAAAAAAGGAAAGCGGCGUCGCAGGAGCGGGAGGCCAAGGAGACCGAGAGAAAGAGGCGCAAGGCUGGUGGGGCCCGACGGAGCCCGUUGGGUCAGCCCCGCCCGGAGCCCCGGAAUGCCCCUCGGGCGGCCCAGCCUGCCGGGCUCUCGGCGGUUCCCUCUCGGUCCGAGCGUCUUGGGCAGGUGGGGAGAGCGCCCUGUCCAUCCGCGCAACCGCAGAGCGACCCAGGGGCCGCGUGGGCGGGGCCCCGGGGAGGUAGGCGGCCAGCGCCCCCGAGCUACGAGGCUCACCUGCUGCUGAGAGGCGCUGCAGGCAUGGCCGCGCGACGCCGCUGGGACCGGCCGCCACCCUAUGUGGCUCCACCGUCUUACGAAGGCCCCCACAGGACCUUGGGAACGAAGCGAGGCCCUGAGCAAUCUCAGGCGCCCGCCUCAUCAACCCCAGCCCUGAUCCCCGCUAGGACAGAGGGAGGGCGCGCAAAGAAGAGGCUGGAUCCUCGAAUCUAUAGGGACGUCCUCGGGGCUUGGGGUCUCCGGCAGGGGCGGGGUCUCUUAGGGGGAGCUCCGGGUUGUGGAGCGGCCAGAGCCAGGCCAGAGUCAGGCAAGGGGACGGUGGAGAAAAGCUUGGGCCUAGCUGCUGCUGGCCUGAACAGUGGUAGCGACGGCCAUGCCCAAGCCAAAGCUACUGGUAGCCCACGCACGGAGACAGCACCUGCUGGGUCAGUAAGAGCGACCCAUAGCCCCCCGCGUCCCACUCCCAGGUCCAGGCACCACCUCAAGGGCUCGAGGGAAGAGAAAGAAGGAAGAGAACUGAUCUGGCUUCCCAAAGGCUGGAUUCCCUCCCCUAAAAAACAGCUGCCCAGGCAGAGUCAGACCCUCCCCAGACCCUGGGCUCCAGGAGGCACGGGAUGGAAAGAGUACUUGGGUCAUAGAGAGGGGGCAGGAGCCGAGACCCUGGAGAGUUGGAAGGCGACCCGCCGCGCGCACACCCUGCCCCGCAGUUCCCGGGGCCGCGCUGGUGGAGAAGGCGUCUUUGUCAUUGACGCCACGUGCGUGGUAAUAAGGUCCCAGUAUGUUCCGACCCCUCGAACCCAGCAGGUGCAGUUUUUGCCUUCUGGGGAACCGUGCAUUGGGGGGGAUGUCUCCAGGCGACCCAAACCCUGCAAAGAGGAGGGUGAGAGGGCCGCGGUCUUUUCCUCUGCUUGCCAAAAGCUACUGUUGAGCAGUCGAAUCUUACACCAGCAGGGCGCGGGGCACGAAUGCAAAGCUCAGGGCGGGAAGCCGGAGGAGGAGUCCUCACUGGAGGAGCGGGCCUCCCGCAUCUUGGGGCUCCCUAUGGGCGAAGUAAACCUGCGAGAUGGCCCCUCUCAGCCAGGUAGCCUAGAACACCUAGCCAUAGGCCCAGCGGCUCCGGUGUGCGCGGGCAGCACCAAGGGCUCAGAAGGGGCGGCUGUCCCGCGGCGUCCUGGCGGGGGCUGGGCGCGAACCCCAGGUCCCUACGCCGGAGCCCUGCGGGAAGCCGUGUCCCGCAUCCGUCGCCAUACUGCCCCAGACUCGGACUCAGACGAAGCCGAGGAGUUCAGCGUCCAUAGCGGCUCUUCUGAUGGAAGUGACAUAGAAAUCCUGGGCGCCUCCUGGAGGAAUGAGAAGACCCUGUCUAUGGCUGGGAACCCGGGGUCCCCGGAAGGCGGGAAGCCAGCAGAACUGAGUAACAAUAUCCGGGAGAUUCUAGAUGUCGUCAGCCAAACCGAGGAAGCCCUCUUUAGCAUGAGGGACACCAAGGGGACCCCACAGGGAAAUAGGAAGAGACAGUGAGAGAUGCCCCUUUUUGUUUUUGUGUCUCCCACUCAUCUAUCUUUGGGCCCAUUUGUUCCCUUUCUUCCCCACAGACUUCCUUUGCUUCUCUUCUUUCCCUACCCAGACCCAUUCCCAACUUGAAAUAGAAAGGAAAGGCAGCAUGUGCCCAUUCAUGGCUUUGUUUCAGGAGAGGUGAGGUUGAAGGUAGCUUUAAUGUCUGCUAGACUCAGGACAUACACUGAUGUCUUCCUCAGAGGGUUGAUGUACUAGGUGUGGAGUUGAGCAGAGAGGCUUAGCCAGGAUCAGGCAGAAAGGCAGAGAUGGUGGCAGUCAUAGGAAGGCAACACCAAGGCAAGGUCUUUGGCAGGAGGGAAAAAGUAACAGUGUACCUUUGCACCUGGUGACAGAGUGACUAGAUAACAGAGAAGUUCUUAGAGGAGGAAUGGGUCCAAAAGCAACCAGCGAGAAGGCAGAGUACUCACUUAAUGCUGCAAGUCUUGAGUUUCAAUUCCAACUCUGCCACUGACUUGCUGGUUGACUUCAGCUGAUCAUCACUUCCCUUCUCCAGGGCUCCUGUUAUGUAAAAUGAAAGAGUUCUAUUGUCCAUCCUUCCAUCCCUGGAAUUUGGGGAUCUUUGAGGAGGCCUCUAUCUCAUUUUCCCCUCAACAAGUCAAGAGAGUUGAGAAUAAGUGAACAGAAUCUUGAGGGUUCCCAGUUAGUCUUCUUGUCAUCUGCACUCAUUUUUGAUUCAGGAGACUGUCCAAGGUUUGCAGAAGAUCUGAGUGGCAAAAGGGCUCCUAUCCUAGCCUCCCAAGUUUAGGUGAGUGCUCUCCAAGGUAGGGCAGGAUUGUGGCUCUGUCACUGACCCUGGCCUAGUGGUCCAAGCUAGGGAGGAAAGGGAGCCAAUGAAUCAGCUUGGGACCGCUUUAGUCCUUUCCCUUUUCCUCUAUCCCUGUGUCCCUUAGUGAUCCUCUAAAGCGUUGCCAUCAUUUUCCCAUGCGAGAGGUAUGGUCCACCUGACAGGACCUGGAAAUCUGUAUCUCCUCUUCCAGAAAACAGCCAGGCAAGACUAGUCCCAAGAAGCCUGUAGGGACCCUCCUGGAUCUUCCUAGAACCGUUUAGAAGGAGUUGCUAAAUGGGAAGAUCUUGAGUUCAGAACUGUUAAAUGGUCUCCUUCGAUGCUAGGGGGAGCACCUGCCUGAGAAUGGAGCCAUAGGGGUUAAGAAAAACAAAAACAGAAAACAAGAAGCCAGGUGUGGCGUGUGAUGCUCGCUAUAACCACUAGGGGGCGCGCGCAGGUCGCGGAUUUCCCCGGUUGCUGGUCCCCGAGUCCCCCCAGUGUUUUCACACUGCCAAUUGAUCCGAUUCCUACUUGGGUGUUACCGCGCGCCUGUCCCACUCCUUGCCGCCUCCAGCCACGCGCGCACGGGGCCGGGAGCAGGCCUCCGGCCUCCCAGACCUCUGGAGCGCGCCAAGCCCCUCUUUGUCCUCAUCCAUGCCAACCGGCUUGGGACUCAGAUACUGAAGUCUUUUUUUCUCUCUCUCUCUCCGGUCCUGGACACCUCUUCUGUCUCUGCCAUUUACUAGCCAUGUGAACUUGGCCAAAUCACUUCACCUCCCUGAGCCUCAGUUUCCUCAUCUGUCAAAUGGGGGUUUUAUAAACACCUACCUCGCAGGGUUGUUGUGAGGACUUAAUGCGGUAAUGUAUGUAAAGCGCCUUGCACAGUGCCUGGCACACAGCAGGCGCUCAAUAAAUCUAAGC